AUGGACGUUUCGCUUGAGGCACAGACCAAACCUCUGGCCGUCUUGUCCGCCUUCAGCUACAUCCCUCCACGACGAAAAGAACCAAAAGAAAUGACCUACUUUAACAGAAGCUCAAAGGUUCCAGAUGUCUCCACCUAUGACCAGGUGUUCCACCAGGCUGAGGGCUAUGAUAUGAAACUGCACCGGGAUGACAGGAGGCAUUAUAGGGGAAGAGGACUUAACGUAAAUGAGGAGGAGAAGUCCAGAGCUGUGCCGGUGUUGUCCUCCUCAGUAUACGGCCGUCGCCCUGCCAUCGACCGACCCGGUCAGCAGUACGCACGUGUUGCUUGCAUUAAAGCCGAAUUCUUCAUGAAAAAUGGAAUCAUCUGGAAUAUGGCAGAAGGGUACGGAUCAGUGGCCCCCAUUUGA